AUGUCGUCCCUGCUGAAGGAGGAGAUGCAGCGGGUUCUGUUCCGACCCGACAAGCACCGACUGCUGGAGUUCAUCGAGAUCGAGGAGGAGAAGCGUGGACGACAUUUCCUCUGUGUGUCCGUUUCCAGGAGUAAAGAGGUUCAGAUCUCGGUGGUUCGGUGUCAGAAAACCUGCCAGACCAAGUGUAAGAAAUCCCGGCGGGUCGGCCUGGAGGACCGAUACGUCAAGACCGAGGUCUGGGCUCUUCAGGACCUGAAGGUUCUGGACGGACGGGACCCUGACGUGGACGACCCCUGCUUCCUGAUGCACUUCGACACGGUGCGCCCGGUGAAGGCCGUCAACUGCGCCGCCAAGUACUGCCUGGCCCGCUGCCUGGUGUCCCUCAGCGAGGCGCACCAGCACCCCGAGCUCCGCCUCCAAAACUACGACUGGACCUACAUCCAGCCCACGUCCAUCUACUCCAGCCGCGGGGACUGCAUGGUCCUCAUGAGGAUCUGCUUCUACGCCUUCAACCUGGUCUGCCUGUCCCUGUGUCCCGUCCCCCUCUGA